AUGUAUGCUGUCAUUAGUACAUCCGGGUUAGACAAGAACGUCCCGAACAGCAAAACGGGCACGCAGUCGUCAUCGACAUCAGAUAGAGGCUAUGACAGAGGCAAAAUUAUCAAACUCGAGGGUCCAACCGGCCUCACAGCGAACCCAACAACCACAAUCAUCGACGGCGUAGAGCAAGUUCCCACGGGGAACUCCACAAUUCCCACCUUUCCCAAAACCAUCAGACUCCCCCGCGAUGGCGCUCAAGCACUGUCCACAGGUGGACGAGCAGGCGACGAGUUCCCCCCUGACUCUCAGACGGAAGAAUACACCCUACUUGGCGUAGGCAUCCGCGCCGUUUCUUUCCUCAGCGUCCAGGUCUACGUCGUGGGCCUUUAUAUCGCCAGUUCAGACAUCGCAGCUCUACAGCAGCAUCUCGUCAGGCAAGCUGCGACACCCGUCAGCGCCUCUGCGGCCAAUGGACAGGAGGCCUGGAACGAGAUCCUCAGGGAUACCCACCUGCGCACUGCGUUGCGAAUCGUGCCCACGAGGAACACGGAUUUCCUUCAUCUCAGGGAUGGAUGGGUGCGUGCCAUCACAGCGCAGGCGCAGAGUGCAAAUGCGCGGGCGAAGGAGGUUGAGGUUGCAGCGAAGCGGGGUUCGUCGAUACCCGCUGGUGCUGUGGUGGCUUCUGAGUUUGAGGAUGACAGCUUUGGCAUUGCGCUUAAUGACUUCAAGUCGCUGUUCGGGGGCGGGGUGAGGAAGAAUGUGCCCAAGGGCCAGAUUCUGUAUUUGCUCCGGAAUAGAGUGGGGGGGUUGGAGACGAUGUUCCAUGCCGGGCAUGGGAAGCCGGUGGUUUGGCUGGGUGCGAUGCAAGAUGAGCGUAGAGGCCGGUUGGGACUGUUGAGCAGAGAGUUGCAUGAUGCUACGAUUUAA